CCAGGACGCACUGCACUCGCUGUCGAAACUACACUUCCCGGCUCUCCGGUGGCAGCCCGUGACACUCCUUGGACAGGGGCGCGGAGCUGGGUUUCAACAGCUGCGCCUCCCUUGUUCGCUCGCUUGGACCCGGCCCCGGACCCAGCCCCAGACCCGGACAUAGCUUCACCAUGGAGGAGGCAGACCGAAUUCUCAUCCAUUCCCUGCGCCAGGCCGGCACGGCAGUUCCUCCAGAAGUGCAGACCCUGCGAGCCUUUACCACUGAGCUGGUUGUAGAAGCUGUUGUCUGCUGCCUGCGUGUGAUCAACCCUGCUGUGGGCUCUGGCCUCAGCCCCCUGCUGCCUCUCGCCAUGUCUUCUCGUUUCCGCCUGGCCAUGAGCCUGGCUCAGGCCUGCAUGGACCUGGGCUAUCCUUUGGAGCUUGGCUAUCAGAACUUCCUCUACCCCAGUGAGCCUGAUCUCCGGGACCUGCUUCUCUUCUUGGCUGAGCGUCUACCUACCGAUGCCUCUGAGGAUGCAGACCAGCCUGCAGGUGACUCAGCUAUCCUUCUCCGAGCUAUUGGGAGCCACAUUAGGGACCAGCUGGCCCUGCCCUGGGUUCCACCCCUCCUUCGCACUCCUAAGCUGCAGCACCUCCAGGGCUCAGCCCCCCAGAAGCCUUUCCAUGCCAGUAGACUGUUCAUGCCUGAGUUGAGUUCCAGAGGAGAGUCCCGAGAGUUCCAGGCAAGUUCCCUGUUACUACCAGCCCCAACCCAGGCACCUCAUCCUGCUGGGAGGGUGGCCUCGCUCCUCGAAUGCCAUGCUAUUCAGCUCUGCCAGCACACAGGCCAGGACCACCCUGGUGACAAGGACUGGGUCCACAGGACAUCCCGCCUUCCUACCCAGGAGGAUACUCGGGCUCAGAGGCAGAGGCUUCAGAAGCACCUGGCUGAGUAUCUGUGUCAGAUGUGGGGCCAGUUGGGUCCCUCUCCUCAAGCCCGAGACCUAGGAGAGCUGCUGCAGUCCUGGGGUGCUGGGACCAGAACUGGUGUUCCUAAGGGCUCUCGCUUCACACAUUCAGAGAAGUUCACCUUCUGUCUGGAGCCCAAGGCCCAGGCAGCCCAGGUGUCAGAUGUGCCAGCCACUUCCCGGUGGCCUGAACAGGACACAUGGGCAGCUCAAGAGCAGGAGCUGGAGGCCCUUCAGGAGCAGCUAGAGGGAGUGAACCGCAACAUUGAAGAGGUUGAAGCCAACAUGAAGACCCUGGGAAUCAGCCUUGCGCAGGUGGAGGCCAAGUGUCGGCAGAGUGAACUUAGCACAUCGGAGAGGGAGCAGGCCCUGCGCCUAAAGAGCCGGGCGGUGGAGCUGCUGCCAGACGGGGUUGCCAACCUUGCCAAGCUGCAGCUUGUGGUAGAGAGCAGUGCCCAGCGGGUCAUCCAUUUGGCGGGCCAGUGGGAAAAGCACCGGGUCCCACUCCUUGCUGAAUACCGCCAUCUACGAAAGCUCCAGGAUUGCAGAGAGCUGGAAUCUUCUCGACGGCUGGCAGAGAUUCAAGAGCUGCACCAGAGUGUUCGGGCAGCUGCUGAAGAGGCCCGCAGGAAAGAGGAGGUCUAUAAACAGCUGGUGUCUGAGCUGGAAACCCUACCCAGAGAUGUGUCCAGGCUGGCCUAUACCCAGCGUAUCCUGGAGAUUGUGGGCAACAUCCGGAAGCAGAAGGAAGAGAUCACUAAGAUCUUGUCUGACACAAAGGAGCUUCAGAAGGAAAUCAACUCUCUGACUGGGAAGCUGGACCGGACAUUUGCGGUGACUGAUGAACUUGUGUUCAAGGAUGCCAAGAAGGAUGAUGCUGUUCGGAAGGCCUACAAGUAUCUAGCUGCCUUGCAUGAGAACUGCAGUCAGCUCAUCCAAACCAUUGAGGACACGGGCACUAUCAUGCGGGAGGUUCGAGACCUUGAGGAGCAGAUCGAGAUGGAGAUGGGCAAGAAGACCCUCAGCAACCUGGAGAAGAUCCAAGAGGACUACCGGGCCCUUCGCCAGGAGAAUGCAGGCCUCCUGGGGCGGGCCCGUGAGACCUGAGGGGUUCUGGACAGACGUCUCCCCCACCCCAGGCUUCAGCAGGGAUUUGGGGAGUUGGAGGCUAUGGCCAAGUGCUUGUUCUGUGUUUGCUGCCAAGUCCUUCCUACUUUGGUGACUCCUGCCCACCUGACCCCAACCCUUAUCUGGGGCAAACAUCCAGAAAGUAGGAGCUUGGCUGCAGUUUAUUGGGGAGGACACUGAGGGUUGGGGCCUUGGAUCUCAAAUAAAUGAGGGACUGUCUGUA